GCGCGAUGCGACGGCUGGGCUUGGGGGACGUACCGGGUAGCCGGACCCUUCCUGUGCACGCAGGGCCCGUGUCAACGCUCCAGCGCCCCGGCAGCAGGGCCGGGUGGGGCUGCGGUCUUUAAUCCGGUUAUGGGGGAUUAACGUGGCGGUUUAAAGGCCGGAGCGGCGCGAGGAAGGGGUUCCAGGCGCGCCGGAGAGGAAGCGGCCGCCGCCGAGCAGCGGGGCAGCCCAGACGGCACCUUACGAUGCCAGCCAUCAACAUCGAGGACUUGAGCGAGAAGGACAAACUGAAAAUGGAAGUGGAGCAGCUCCGGAAAGAAGUGAAGCUGGAGAGGCAGCCGGUGUCCAAGUGCUCUGAAGAGAUCAAGAACUACAUUGAGGAGCGGUCGGGUGAGGACCCGCUGGUGAAGGGGGUUCCCGAGGACAAGAACCCCUUCAAGGAGAAGGGAGGCUGUGUCAUCGCUUAGGAAAAAGAACCCAGCACCUGCCACUGGAGCAGACAUUCUUGUACCUGUAGGGAGUCACUAGUGUGUCCCCACUACCGCCGGUCCUUGUUGAACGAGCACAGGAGCGGAUUUCUUCUUUUUAUUUUUUUUUUUUUUUUCUUACAAAAGUAAAGAAACCAACCCAAAAGCAGCUGAGACCCACAUCGGUCGCUCCACAGGGACGGCUGCUUCACACUCCCCGCCGUGGCCGGGAACGGCUCCUUUCGCUUUGCGGCGCCUGCUUUUGCCUCCCGUUUGUCGGUUGCUUCAUGGCUGUUCGUUGGCAUUAAAGAAAACCUGCCUGUAACCUGA